GAAUUGAGUGAAUUAACAAUGGAUAUGCCACCACAUUUAAGAAUGAAUGCUGAAAUUGAGCUUCGUGCUUUGCGUCUUGUAAAUUUACAAACCCAAGUUCGUAGUGAAGUUCUCAGUUAUUUAAAACGUGAUACCUAUCUGGAAACGGCACUUAAUCCAUAUGCUUAUCGUCGAACUAAAAGACAUACCCUUAGAGAGGCUCGUGUUACUGAGAAGUUGGAAAAACAACAAAAAGUUGAACAAGAACGGCGCCGUAGACAGAAACAUUCGGAACUGCUUCAAGCGAUAAUUCAAGUCAGCAAAGAAUUUAAAGAUUUUCAUCGAAAUGCACAGGCAAAGACGACAAAAGUUCGGAAACAUAUGCAGAAUUGGCAUGCAAACAGCGAAAAAGAGCGUAAAAAGGAUGAGCUACGAAAUGAAAAGAUGCGUAUGCAAAAAUUAAUGGAAGAAGACGAUGUUGGUUAUCGACAAUUAUUAGACGAAAAGAAGGAUAAGAGGCUUGUUUAUUUGUUGGCCCAGUAUGUCGAAAAUUUGACUGGACUUGUAAAGCAACAUCAAGUUACUGAAAAGAAACGAAAACGUGAUGAACGUAGUGAAGCUAAAAAGGCACUUAAACAACAACAAGGUAAUAAUGAAAGUGAUGAGCUUCCUUUAAUUAUUCGAAAUGGCGCGACAGGUGAAAUUUUGAGAGGUGAUGCUGUACCUAAACCAGAUGAGGUAGAGGAAUGGCUUGCGUCACAUCCUGGUUAUGAAUUAAUCUCGAGAGAUAUUGCUUCUGAUUCUGAAGAUGAGGGGGAAGAAGCUGUAGAAACAACUAAAAAUGAGCAAAAGGAAGACGAUUGUGAAGGUCUCGAUGACGAACAACGAAGUCGACGAAUCUUGGAAAAGGCACGUAAUGAGGAAGAUGAAUAUGAUUCGAAAAAUCAACGUCAACAAAUGGAAUCAUAUUAUGCCACUGCACAUCGGAUUAAAGAAAAAAUAGUGAAACAACAUAGCACACUUGGAGCUUCUGAUCCGAACUUACAAUUGAAACCAUAUCAGAUAAAAGGACUUGAAUGGCUUGUGUCGUUGUACAAUAAUAAUUUAAGUGGAAUUUUGGCAGAUGAAAUGGGUUGCUUUAAUAACUUACUUGAUGGAAGUUAAAAAAGUUAACGGGCCAUAUUUAAUAAUUGUCCCCCUCUCAACUAUUUCAAAUUGGAAAAUUGAAUUGGAUAAAUGGUCACCGCAUGUUGUGAAAAUUAUUUAUAAAGGAGAUAAAGAUCAACGAAAGAGAUUGGAACCAAUUGUCCGUAAAGGAGCAUUUAAUGUUUUGUUGACUACAUACGAU